CGGCCGCAUGGCAACAGGAUCAGAGCCUGGGGGUUGUCUGCUUCUAGGUCUGCUCCCAUUUUACAUCGCGUUUCCUCACUAGAUGGUGUGCAAGCCACUGGAGAGUACGCUUCCCCGCACAGUGAAGCUCUACAUCCAGCUAAACAAGCCUGGGAAACUACACGGAGGACCAUUUCUUCACGGGGCUCCGAGGAGGGAAAGUGUGGAAAUUUAAAAACGUCAAAGGUUUCUUUUUCUUUUUUUUUUUUAGCGAACACUACGCCCUUUUUGUAAUUAGAAACAAGAAGACUUAAGAGAAAAGCGGCAACAAACCCCAGCUGUGAUGGACAUAAUGAUUGCGGUGCAGGAUGCUUGUGUCUCUGGUCAGUGGCUUACUGCGAUAAUUCUCAGCCUGUGCUGCUUUCUGCCGUCCUGUUUGCCCGCUGGACAAACUGUGGACUAUUCGUCGGUUGAAAGUGUGGUGAGCAGACAAGGCGACACGGCUCUACUGAGGUGCUACCUGUUGGAUGGGAUCUCUAAAGGAGCCUGGCUGAACCGCUCAAGCAUCAUAUUCGCAGGGAACGACAAGUGGUCCGUGGACCCACGUGUGUCCAUUGUGUCCAGCGUUGGGGACAAACAUGAGUACAGCCUUCAGAUACAGAAAGUGGAUGUAACUGAUGACGGCCAGUACACUUGUUCGAUCCAGAGUGAGCGCAAUCCACGGCCAAAGCUCCUUAACCUUGUUGUUAAAGUUCCUCCCAAGAUAUAUGACAUUUCCUCUGACAUCACGGUAAACGAGGGCAGCAAUGUGUCGCUCAUCUGCACAGCCAGCGGGAAACCUGAGCCAACCAUUUCCUGGAGACAUAUCACCCCAUUAGCCAGGAAGUAUGACACUGGUGAAUAUCUUAACAUCACCGGCAUCACCAGGGACCAGGCUGGAGACUACGAAUGCAGCGCUUUAAAUGACAUCGCCUCUCCUGACACCAAAACAGUAAAAGUCACAGUCAACUUUGCUCCAUCUAUCCAUGAGAUGAAAAGCCAUGGAGUUGGACUGGGACGCACAGCUCUGCUGAGGUGUGAAGCAGCCGCUGUGCCCUCCCCGACAUUCGAGUGGUACAAGGGCGAGAAAAGGAUUAUCAAGGGUCAAAGCAUCGACAUCAAGAGCCUCAGCUCCAGAUCAGUCCUCACAGUAACCAACAUGACAGAGGAUCGUUACGGGAACUACACAUGUGUCGCCUCCAACAAGCUGGGGACGGCUAAUGCCAGCGUGCCUCUCAUUCCAAGUAUUGAACCCACCACCACUAGUGCUGUCUCAAGCCCAGCGCCCAACACUGCACCCUAUGGGAGCACAGGAAGUGCAUACGUCCCGCUGGCCUGCCGGUACCUGGUCCUGGCCCUCUCCUCCUUCAUCAGUGUGUACUAGCGGAGGCCAGCAUGGACACAAUGACUGUCGAGAGCAUUUAUGAGUCCUUUUUGACACUGCUGAUGGCUGGAAUCACAUCUGGUACAGUUUGUUGAAAGGCCGUGAGGGGAUCAUAAUCAGCGUUACUUUGUGUGGGGAAGGUUUUCUUUUCUUUUCUUUUUUUGCUUUUGGUGAAUAUUCUGUCAUGUAAAUACGAUGGUGUUUUUUUUAUUAAUAUUAUUGUUAUUAUAAUUUUUUUCUUCUAUUUUUUCUGAUAGACCACAUUGUGAAUCAGUGCUAAUCCCUGCCCCCUCCCCACCUUUAAUCAUAUCAGAAAUCCCCCAAACGAGUCACUUAAAUGCCUCUUCCUCUAGGAGGCCAUGGCGCAAAAUUGACAUUUCCAUUUGUUUUUGUACAUGGCUAAAAGAGAAGCGAUUGUGCCAAGUCUCUCAGUACACAGAAUUACAAUACCAAUGUUGUAUUGAAUGUAUUAUGGGUUGCUGAACAACAGGAAAGACAUUUAGAUUCCUAACAGUACAUAUUAUGAUUAUGGAGUGUGAUUAAAAAUAGAGAAAGAAAAAAACACAAAAAAAUCUAAAAGAACAAAAAAGGCAGGGCUUUUUCAGGGCCUGUGUUGUCAUGAUUACUCAAUAGAUGGAUGAACAGUGUUGAAAGUGUGCUUUGUUGUAUUCUGAAAUGGGUCCUUCGGUUACUAUGCCUGCCGAACACAUUUGAUCAGGCAGCCGUCAAAGUAGCAAAGUAUACUGUAUUGUAUGUUAUAUUUUAUUAUAGUAUAGGCUUUUGUUCUGAAGUGGGACCAGCUUUUUCUCAUCUGACCAACAAUUAACACAGUUCAUGACUCUGUACAGUACGAAGGGAGGAACAUCGCUGCCCUAUGUUUACAUUUUUCUUAAGAAUAUUAAUACUACAGUAUAUAUCCAUACUUUACACAUACAUGAAUGUUGCAACAAAGUGUUGUAGUAAAGGAGAAAAAAGUUCUGACUAUUUUACGCUUUUCUCUUGAGGAUGCAGUUCUUGUGCCACUUCCAAUGAACAUCUGAGCAGAGAGUCGAGUCUUUUGCUGUAUCAUCCGCUGAAAAGCCACAGCUGCACACUGUGGGCCACUUAAAGUCUCUGGCUUCAACCUUUGCCAUGGUUCUUCUUGAAAAACAGAUUCUGGGAAAGCACUGUUCUGCAGCAAAACAUUUUAUUUCUUUGUUUUAAAAACAUUUCAGUAAAUAUAUUUACUUCAAUCUACCUAUUAACAAAAUAAAGGAAUAUCAAUGAGUGGAAGGCCAUGUAACUUUAAAAAUAGCUGGCAAUUACAGCAACAUAUUUGGUGCAGUCCAAAACAGUACAAUAAUGAAACCUGCUUUGACUCAUAGGAGUCCUUUUUGUGUUAUUUAGUAGAAAAUAAAGCCUAUGAACAUGCUCAUCACAACUUACAUGGCCUAAGGUGCUAUCUUCAGAAAGCUCAUCAGAGUCCACAGGGCCUGUUAACAACAAGCAGCGUAGAAAAAUUAAGCCAUGUGGUUGUUCAAUAGUACUAAUUUUGGCUUUUAAUCACCGACACCACCAUUUUAAUUCUCAGAAGAAAAAGUCAUUAUAAGUGUUUAGUUUCCUGAAAAGAUGUUCAUGGCUUAUUCAUCCUGGGUUUUCUUCAGUCCAUGGUAUAAACAGAGAUACUGUAAUGUAAUGCCUUAAUAGAACCAUAAACAUGGAAGUACGCUCAUUUAUAGGGCACUUCUAGAAAUGAUCAAUCAACACAAUUCAUUUGUUUGACAUAUUUCUGAUUAUUGAAUGUUCAUAAACAAGUAGCUGACUUAUCUUUCAAAUUCUAUUCAGUGAAAACUAAAUAUUUCUCAAUUCAUGCCUCCUGUAGGUAUUUUGAAGAAAGAAAAAAAAAAGCCAGUUCCAUCAGAUGAAAAUGCAGUAUUUGUCAUUCAGGUUAACAUGUUUGCAGGUCUUGUUUGAAUUUGGAUUGUUUAACAUUUCUCUCCCCCCACCCCUGACCGAGGGACUAACAGUACCCCCCACCCCCCCCCCCCCCCCCCCCCAGCUCACACAGUAUUUUUCAAAUGAACUUGUAACUGCAAACCUGUAGAGAAAUAGCCAUGGCAGUUAAAAGACUUAAAGCACAAACACUGUUAUAACUUUAACGUUUUGUGAUGAUUUGUUUCGAGGUCUGCUGAACAUUUCUUUUCUUUUAUUGUUUGUACUGAAAUUAUUCUCAGCUUGUUUUACAAAUUAUUAAAAUACUGCACCAUAUGAUCUUGUUUAAAUGUUAAGGUAUACUGAAAAUGAGUCAAAGUAUAUUUAUUCUCUUCCUUUAUGAAAAAAAUGUAUAAAAAUAGAUUUGAAACAUGUAAAACCGGAUAUGUGACAUUUCUUUGAAUGGGACACAGUAUGGCAUAGUUUAUAAUGUUGUCGGGUUCAUUUAGAUGCCAUAACUGUUGUUUUUUGUCAGAAAGGUACAUUAAAAAGAACAAUGUUUGCAAUCAAAUUACCUAAUUUUUGAAACGAAGAGGGUGUGAACCAAUAUAACAGUAUUAUAGAUCAGAAUCAAUGUAUGUAUAUUUGGAGAAAAUAGGAUACCUUUUGAUCUGUAGAGCCAGUGUGUAGUCCUAGUUUUCACACACUUGCGUGUUUGACGAUGUGCAGAGAGUAUGGUUGUGCUGCAUGUCCAAGUUAACCUGUGUUUUUUGAGGUGGCCAUUUUACAAAUACUCUUCAUACUUCUUAUGAAUGGAGCCAAACGUUUGGUUCUUAAAGCUGGUCUAAAAAUACAUACUUCCUACAGACCACCAGGCUACGUUUGUUUGUGAUUUCUUUCAAUCAACUUUGCUGAUUAUCUUUAAGAAAAAAAAAAAAAACUGCUGAGUCAUGAUGGUUAUUAUUGUGGCACUUUGGUGACAGUCUGGAGUUCUGUUGGUUGCUUGUCUGAGCAGUUAAGACCAUGCUAGUAUUCCAUUAUGAAAUGUAUUGGAUGUUUAUUAUUUUUGAAUAAUGGUAUUAACAAGUCCCUUUUAUCAAAUCACUAUUAUUUGCAAUAAAAGUCUUCAUGUUACAAUAUGAACCCUCAUCUGAGUUUAUGAGCACUCAAAAGGGUUGUGAUCACAGGGACAGGGUGUGAGCAGGUACAACAAUGUCCGACUUUAAAUACAACAUUUCUGUCCUCAGGUUUUUCCUUUGUUUUAUUUUAAAGGCUGUAUCAACAUUUAUUUUCAUAUUUACCUUAACAAUACAUUGAACUCUUAGCUCUUCCAAAGGAGUGCAUAAAAGAAGUGAACACAGCCACCAGGAAGUCACCUACUGGUUUAUGAAUGGAUGCUUGGGAGUCUAAGUAACACAUUUUAACCUUAGAUGUUUUCUGACAUUACAGUUAAAUCAAUUUAGAUGCUAUCCAAUCUCUGAAACAUAAAUUGUCAGACUUGUCUCACCAAAUGUAUUUUCAUUGUUACCUGAAAUAACCAAUGAAGUAGUGGCUACCACAAUGAACUCUUCAGUAAAUUGGUCAUGUUGUCUACUACAGGAUAUUAGUUUCAUUGAAGUUGGCCUAAAGCAACUUACUGCUUUUUGCCAUUUGCACAGGUUAACUUUAUCUUCUGUUUAAACAUACAAAAUAUCAAUACAAAUUCUUCUAUGAACACACUGCUGUGUUUGAGGUUGUUCAGCUUUCACGGUUUAUUUAUAGCCACUUCAGAAACUAUUGGUCUCAUUGGAACUUUUUUCCUGGACAAACCUUGAUGAAACCCUUCUGGGACUAUUCUUCAGGCUUGAGGGGAUGUGUCUGUUCAUACUGUGCAGCCUGAGUUAAUCAGUCAUCUUAAUUUUGCCGUAUCAUGCAUAUUUGAUCCCCUCCCCUCUACCCUUGAACGCAGCAUAAAUCCUCCUGAGUCCAGAUGGCCAGCAGCCACAGCACAUACAGUCGGAUUAACCCUGUUUGCAUUGCAUCAUCAUCAUUGACUGGAGUGCGUCGCUCAGUGUAAACGAUCUGGAGAUAUUUACAAACCUAAAUCACUGCUCAUCCCAGCCCAUAAUGCAUCUGGGGGCCAGUUUUUCCUUUUUUUCCCCUCCAGCAGCACAAGGCUUUCAUGACCUGAAUACACUCUUAACUUAAACAUCCUCGGUUGUUUGACCUACCUCGUAAAAAGAAGAGUCAUGGUGGUGUACAAGUUAAAAAGAGGCAUCACCACCCACCUGCAGGGAUCACUGCCUCACCUCACGCUCUCCACCCAGGGAAAAAAAAUCUCUUCACUUUUAAAUUUAAGAUAAGAGGAUUUUAAAUAUUCAUGCCAGUGCGUAUUAUUUCGGCCCCUACAAUCUCCACCCUGAAUUUUUAAAUUGCCAAUUUCAAAGCAUCCUCCUGCUCUCACCUCAACGUAUCAGACACACACGGUCCUGUUUGAGUGCAUUCCUUACAAGUUUGUUGCAUUAUGAAACAAAAUCUGUUUAAAGAGAGUCUCAGAGGGGGACAUGUACUGUACUGAAUGUGCCUUUAAAGUAUUUUAUCAAACAUAAGAACAUAGAGCAUUAAUGCCACAAGAAGUUGAAGUUUAUGUUUUAAGCUUUGAAAACCAUAAAAUGAUUGCUUACUGAACUUCUCCCGACAUUGUUUAUCAAAUUGACUGAACAUUUACAAUGUCAACAUACAUAAGAAAGUGCCGAUUUAACUCCUUCAGCUGUUUGAACCUGUUGAAGAUAAUUAGUUUCAUUUAACAAAAUAAGGCUCAUCAGUUUUCACUAGAAAUAGUGAACUUCUAUCCAAAGUAAAUUCAUAAGUAAAUAUAGAAAUAUCAUUCUAGAUAUGAUCAGGUCAUACUGUAAAGACAAACUUCCUUACUGUUGUCAUAUUACUGUACUUUUUACAAAUGGGCAGAUAUAUAUUUUCUGUGAUCAACAGACUGUACAUUUUUUUGUCUUAACAUGUUCCUGCAAGUGAUGCACUGAUCCAACUUUCCAAGUUCAGAUACAGAUCUCAUACCUUGCCUUUGGGUAUCUUCUGAUACUGAGUACGGCUCAGAUACCAGUAUAAAUAUAACUAUAAAUAACUGUGAGGAUGAGACUUAAAUAAAUACAUAUGGACUGGCUGAAUUGUAAUCACAAUCAGCCCCACAAUCUGUGUACCACUUGGCAUGGCGUCACUCAUCCUCUGCUGUCACAGUGAACCUUUGUUCAUUGCUGAUGCUUCAUAGUAGGAGCAAAGCAGCCAAAACUGUGAACUCCCAAGUUGUCCUUGGCUUGAAAUCAAGGCGCUAGUGUGGGAACUUGUAGGCCAGGCAAAGUGCUCUCAGAACAAAUAUUUAUGUGACGGCAAACUGUAGAGUGGUUCAAAUUGUUUUGUUGCUUUCAAACCAUCGCUUGGAAGUUUCUUGCAUCUUUGCAACGCAUCUGACAAAGUUAACUAUGUUGUUUUCAUUUAGUCUCAUCUGCUUUCUUUGUUUGGUUGAACUCGUUGCGCCACCACCCCUUGAUAUAUUAGAUUGGCAGACAUUGCAAGUAGCCGCAGAAGUUGUCGGCGUAACAAGAUUGAAAUACCUCCAACCUGCUGAGCCUUUGUUGUUUUCUCCUUCCAUGCUAUGUUGACUCAGCUUAGCAAUCAGCCCCAUGGAUCGCCCCAUUGUUACCAAGAUCUGAUGUAGCUAUUCGAGUCAGUAUCGGACCAAUAUCCAAUACCAGGAGCGGAUCGGUACUUCUCUGGCUCCUACUGCAGUUCAGUGAAAACAUAGAAUGAAAAAAGGGUUUAAUCUAAUUGCAAGAUUUGUUUUUGAAUAUGUGUGACUGUCAUUGUAGGCAACAUGAUUAAAAAAGAUACUGUGUAUUAUAUAAAGCAGAUGUGGCGUUUACAGUCUUUAAAGACAAACAUGAAUUAUUAAAGACAAGGACACAUUUUGUAUUGCAAGUUAUACAAAUAUUCAACCUGUCUGUGUAUACUUUCAGCAAAUAAUGCUUCAUAGUCGGUAGUGAAUUGACAACCAAAUACUGGAAUUUCUGUUUUUUUCUCUGCAAAUGAAUAAUAUGUAAACAGCAUUGUCCUACAGCAAAAUUAAGGCAGUGUAUGCUGCAGGUUUUUAGAAAAAAUUAGCAUGGUGUCAAAGUGUAGUUGGGCUCUUCACAAAGGUGUCUGCGGUCAGCAAGAACAGAGAGUGCAGAGGUGUUGCGAACCUGUGGUAAAUGAAACCCUUCCUGUGCCUUUGUCAGAUUUGACUGGGAGAUUGUGUCAUACUUACUAAGCACUGGAGCAGCUGCUGGGCUCCAACAGUCGCCAUCCAACUUCCUUGAGCAGCAUACUGAGUCAACAGUAUCAAAAGGACUCUAUUUCUUGAGAGCUAGCAUUCAGUAUGUUAGAUGUGUUUGUUGCACAGCAGGAACAUUUUAAAACGCCUGUCAAACGGAGGCAGAAAGAGAAUGAAAAAGUUGAUUUUUGUUCUGUGGAACUGGUCUGUGCAUUAGAUUAAUUCAGCUGUACAUGGAAAAAAAUGGGCCACUUUCUUUUCUCUCAAACAUUUCAAUCAGUACAUAAAAUGAAUCAUUUCUGACUGGUGUGACUCUCCAUUUCUUUGAAAUCUCUCUGAUAGUGUGGCAGCUGCCAAUGUAGAUGGGGGACGUGCUAUUAAAAAGACGUUGCAUCAAGUUAUUUGUCAACCUGUCCCUCAUUAUUUCCACUCAACUGGAAAAUAAGUUGCCAGGCGAUGAUGCAGAGCUGCAGAUAAUGCCGGGGUUCUAAAGUACGCUAUCUAAGCCAGGCCUCUCCAUGACACCGAUGACUGAAUCACAGCACCGAGUGUGUUUUUGCGCAUGAAGCUCCCAGGCAAUUGUCAGUUUUCAUGAAGGAGUGAUCGGGGGUUUUCAUCGAGAGAAUGUCUUUUGACUGACGGUAAAUGUAAUCCUGUUUUAUUUGUUUUCAUGCCUCAAAAGGCAGAUUACAUAUUGUUUUCUAUACGCUGAAUGACACAGCAAAUCAGUGCUUUGUAGCAGCAGUUCACCAUCAUGUGUGUCUUCUUCAGUGUUGUGUUUGUUUAAAAGGAGUGCCAUCUGGUUGAGAACAGGUAUGAUGUACAGAAUUUCUUCUGUUUGCUUCUGUAAAAUAAACACACUUACUGAUGUCAUUUUUUUUUUUUUUUUUUUACAAAAAAAUUGGAAUGAGAUUUAUCGUUGACAGGAUUGCUUAUUUCCUUUCUCCGUGGACUAUUUUUUUCUCUUCUCUUAAUUUGUUUUCUUGAAAUCAUCAUGCUGAAAAAAUGAUGUGAUAAGACGUGUGGAAUGGAAAUGUUUACUCUCAUGUGUAUGACGGUCUUUUAGCCACCAGGGAUGUAGUUGUACAUUUAUAGGCUCUAGAUCACUGGAAUGAUAUAUAUGGCUUUAAGUGGCAUUGAUAUACCUAUAUAUAUAAUAUAUAUAAAUAUAUAUUGAUAUUUGUCCAGAAAUAAGAAAAUUCAUGUACUUACUUUUUUCCUUUUAAGCUUACAUUGUGUAUAGCACGUAUGCAAGUCCAUUUUCAUCCUGUUUGAUGUGAUUUUGUAGCAGUGGUUUGAUACUAAUAAAUGGCAGUCGAUGAUGGAAUUGUAGAAUGUGUUUGUGUUGAACUGAUGUGACCUUUUACAACAGCGACACUCUUGACAACACUGUCAUGCCUUUUACAAGAGGAGAGCGUUUGACUGAACGCACUCGCUCUGUAUCCACACUGGAAGAAGAUAAUUUAUUCAUAAAAACAUGUUCGAGACUAAAAAUAUCGAAGUUGUCCGUUUAAUGAGCAGAUUCUUUGUGUGAUUUUCUCUCAGAGUGGCUGGAAGCAAAAUAGUUCCUUGUUUAGAGAAACACUUUUUUUUUUUU